GGUCCGGGUCUUCCAGCCGCCCGCUCCUCUCCACUGAACUCCAACCCCCGCGCUCUCUAUCAGCAUCUCAUUCCUGUCUCAAUAUGUCUCAAGAUGGCGGCCAAUGCAGGAUCGAUGUUUCAAUAUUGGAAGCGCUUUGACUUACAACAACUACAGAAAGAAUUAGACACCACCGCCACACAGCUUGCCAGCAGACAGGACGAGAGCGAGCAGUCCAGGAAGAAACUCAUCGACCUGAGCCGUGAAUUCAAGAAGAACACUCCAGAGGAUUUACGGAAACAGGUUGCCCCCUUGCUUAAGAGCUUCCAAGGAGAGAUUGAUGCCUUGAGUAAGAGAAGUAAAGAAGCAGAGGCCGCCUUCUUGAACGUGUACAAGAAAAUAAUCGAUGUCCCAGAUCCCGUACCUGUGCUGGAGCUGGCUCAGCAGCUGCAGCUGAAGCUCCAGAGGAUGCACGACAUUGAGACAGAGAACACUAAACUUCGAGAGACACUGGAGGACUACAACAAAGAGUUUGCGGACGUUAAAAACCAAGAGGUGACCAUUAAGAACUUGAAGGAGAAGAUCCGUGAGUACGAGCAGUCUUUGAAGAAUCAAGCUGAGAACCUGGCUCAAGAAAAGCAGCUCCAGCUACACAACGACUAUGCAGAGAAGGAGAGGAAACUCCAGGAGAGCCAAGACUCCAUGUCCUCAAGGUUGGAGGAGGCCGAACACAAGGCCCAGUCCCUACAGACAGCACUUGAAACAACUCAGGCCGAGCUCUUUGAUUUGAAGACAAAGUAUGACGAGGAAUCCACAGCAAAGGCCGAUGAGAUUGAGAUGGUGAUGACAGAUCUGGAAAGAGCCAAUCAGCGAGCGGAAACCGCUCAGAGGGAGGCGGAGUCGCUCCGGGAGCAGCUGUCCUCGGGUUCCCAGUCCCAGCAGCUCGGCAGCCCGGCCAAGGCCGACCCCAACGCGGAGCAGCCGGCUGAGGCUGAGGCAUCCCACUCGAAUCUGGAGGCGGAGCUCAGGGCCAAAGAAAGGGAGACCGCCCAGCUGGUGGAAGAUGUCCAGAGACUGCAGGCCAGCCUGACCAAACUCCGAGAGACCACCAGCUCCCAGAUCUCACAGCUGGAGCAGCAGCUGAGCAGCAAGUCUGCAGUUCUCAAGGAACUGGAGGAGAAACUGCAGAAACAAGCCGAUUAUGAGGAGGUUAAGAAGGAGCUGAGCAUCCUCAAGGCUAUGGAGUUCGGGUCAUCUGACUCCGUGCAGGACUCGUCCAAACCCCUGGAGGUACUGCUGCUGGAGAGGAACCGUAGUCUUCAGUCGGAGAGCGCCGCUCUGCGCAUCGCCAACACCGAGCUGAGUGGGUCAGCCGGGCGAAAAGGGACAGAAGAGUCCGCAACGAAGGAGGAGACCAUGCCCGGCGACUCCUCUUCCUCGCCCCCUCCUCCCCCUCCCUCUCUUCCCUCGUCCUCUCAGCUGCCCCUGUCUCGCUCUCACACGGACCCCCUCAACACUGCCACCACCACCAGCAGCAGCAGCAGCAGCGAAACACACCCUUUCACUCCCACGGGCAUUGGGCAGGACUUCUACUCCCCCGUGUUCCCUUUGGUGGGUGGUAAGAUGGCUUUGAACUCCCUGAUUCAGCGGCAGCUGCUCCAGACCUUUUACUCCAAAGCCUUGCAGGAGUCGUCUGGAAUCCCCAGUGGGGCGCUACUGUUCACCCCCUUCACCCCCACCCUCAGCUCCAUCCCUACCUCCACCCCAGGCUCAGGGUCCGCCGCCAUCCCCCUGGCGGCCAGCAGCCCCCAGCCGCCCCCGGCCAGCCCCGACAUGGCCCCCGUCAACGGGAGCAGCACGGCCGGCAGCGCCCCGUCCCCGUCGCCCAGCCACUCCGACGCCACCACGGGGAGCGUCCUGGACGGCGAGGACAUGGACACGGCGGAGAUUGCCCGGCAGGUGAAAGAGCAGCUGAUCAAGCACAACAUUGGCCAGCGCGUGUUUGGCCACUACGUGCUGGGACUGUCCCAGGGCUCCGUCAGCGAGAUCCUGGCCAGACCGAAGCCCUGGAACAAGCUAACCAUCCGUGGGAAGGAGCCCUUCCACAAGAUGAGGCAGUUCCUCGCCGACGAGCAGAACAUCCUUGCACUGCGCAGCAUCCAGGGGCGGCAAAGAGAGGGCUCAGGCCAGCCCCAGCUUAGCCGAGUGUUUCAGGAUGCUCCGAAGCGGAGAACCCUCUCCGAUACAGCUUCACACACAGGUAACAUCACGGCUCGUGUCCGCACCCCAGAGGCAGGUUCAGACGAGGCCAUCAAGUCUAUUCUGGAGCAGGCCAAAAGAGAGCUGCAGGUGCAGAAAGCUGAUCUGUCCCACGCUCAGCCGUCGUACACAGGACUGAAAGGAGGGGGUGGAGGUGGACUGGGAAGUGGAGGGGGCAGCGGAUCAGACGAAGCGAUCCGCUCCAUCUUAGAGCAAGCCCGCAGAGAAAUGGAGGCCCAACAGGCUGCGCUGGAGCCCAUUCUCAAAGCCUCAUCCUCGUCUUCCUCCUCGGCCUCGCUGUCCCAGAGGGACCUCCUGGGCUCCCCGCUCACAGCCCCCCUCCCUCCCUACAACCCGCUGGCGCUUUCCCUCAAGAAGCCUCCCAAUUCGCUCUUGUCCUCGCCCUCGUCCCCGUCUCCAGUCCUGGACUUCAGCUCCAGCGUGAAGCGAGAAGGCCGAGCUUCUUCGGGGAUCGACAUGUCCGCCGACGGAGCUCUCAGACUCGGCCGGAGCUCUGAGAGCUCGGGCCGCUCGGGGAGCGCCGGAGGAGUGGGUUACUGGAGGGAGCAGUGGUGGAGCAACAUGCAUACAGACACUCGAAGAAGCUUCUCUGUGCAGACAGGAGAGGACAACCAUAACCAGGAAGACUCCAAAGAGGGAAUACUGAGUGACAGUCUGUCUCGACACAAACCGUGGAACAAGUUGAACCAGAGGAGCAGAGAGCCAUACCUCUGCAUGCAGCCAUGGCUGAACGGAGACCAGGGCCAAAACACACACACCCAGCAACCUCAGAACCAAGAGGGUACUCCCAAGACGUCAGCGAGCUGCAGCCCGGCCCCCGAGUCCCCGCUCAGUUCGGCUGAGGAGUCCGUCAACGGUCUCGCCGGGGAUCCGCUCGCCUCGCAGUCCUCCGGUCUCAAGCCUGCGUCUGAGGACCCCUCGGGCGGGGAGUCCCAGCCCGGAACCCCGCUCCCCGUACCAGGUCACUCGGGUCUCAGCAUCCAGGAGAUGGUCGCAAUGUCUCCUGAGCUCGAUACUUACGCCAUCACCAAGAAGGUUAAGGAGGUGCUCACUGACAACAACCUCGGCCAGCGUCUGUUUGGGGAGACGAUCCUGGGUCUGACUCAGGGUUCAGUCUCAGACCUGCUGGCCAGGCCCAAACCCUGGCACAAGCUGAGCCUGAAGGGUCGGGAGCCCUUUGUCCGCAUGCAGCUCUGGCUCCAGGACCCUCAGAGCGUGGAGAAACUCAUGCACAUGAAACGCCUGGAAAAGAAAGCAUACAUGAAGAGGCGACUGAGCUCCCUGAGCGACGGACACUCUGUGGACGGAGCUUUGGCGGGGUCAGACUACGUGCAGGGCUCACAGAGUCCCGGGCAGCAGCAGCUGAAGAAGCCCAGAGUGGUGCUGGGCCCCGAGGAGAAGGAGGCCCUGAAGAAGGCCUACCAGCAGAAGCCCUACCCCUCCCCCAAAACCAUUGAGGAGCUGGCCUCCCAGCUCAACCUGAAGACCAGUACUGUUAUCAACUGGUUCCAUAAUUACAGGUCACGUAUCCGACGGGAGCUCUUUAUAGAGGAGAUCCAGGCAGCUGGAGGGGUAGGGCCUGGCAGCGAGGGGGGGUCUCCCUCCCUGCGUGGGUCCAAAUCAGGCGAGGGGGACAGCUGUGAUGGGACAGAAUCGGAGGGCACGGCGGAGACACGCCAGGGACUCGGCAUCGGCCUGGAGGAUCACAGAGGAGCAUGCAAAGACCACGACAUGGAGGCCGAGUCUGAAGCAGGGGGAUCUAAUAGCUCCCCCACUCAGUUAGACUGCGUCACCUCAGGCUUAUCCGGCCCGGGCUCCAGCUGCGGACAAGCUGGACUGGGGCUCUUCAGCCUCACAGAGGCGUCCUCCAGUAGCUCGGCCUCUAGUACUAACAUCCCAGCCUCUGGCCCCGUCAGAAACCCUAGGGACAACAAUCUGCGCAAGAAGAAAGCAGCCAAUCUCAAUAACAUCAUCCACAGGCUGGAGAAGGCUGCCAGCAAAGAGGAUCCCUCAGAGUGGGAGUUCUAGCUCCCCCCUGACCAUCCCUCAUCCCUCUCGUCUCAUAACCUCACAACCUCUAACCUUGGACCCCUCCUGCUCUGUUCCAGUUGGAGAGUGGACACAGCCAAAGUCAAGCUCAGCAGCCAUUUUUAUUACAUAGAAGCUUUCCAAAAAAAAAAAAAAAAAAACAGAGGAAAGGAGCAGAGAGUGGUUGGCAAAACCCUUAAAAAGAAGAUUUACUGAAUACACAGAAGAACAAAAUAAGAGAACUUGAGUGUCUCUCCUGUUUUUUUAAACUGAGUUUUGUUUUUGUACUGAGAUAAGCACUUAGCCGUCCUGCUGGCCUCUGGCCCUGCUGUACCUCCCCCCUAUCACCAGCCACUGGUGCACCAGACUGGUUAGUCCUGAGCUGGGGUCUGACCCACAGCUGGGGUUGAAACCUGGACUCAGUAAACACAGGCAAGGCCUGACACAGCAGCUGUCACAGUGAUAGACACUGAUAGAUGAUAGAUAGAGACAGGAACUCUCUUACAAGAACUCUCACUUUCUUAAAGGAGAUUUUUUCCGCUCUUCUUCUCACCUCCCAAGUGUCCACAAACCUCCCCUCACUCAGUGAGACGCCUCAUUUUUCACACUGUAGAGUGACUGUUACAAACCCUUUGCCUUUUUCACUCACUGCGUGUGUGUGUAUGUAUGUAUGUAUGUGUGUGUGUGUGUACAUUAGGGGUUGUGUCAGUGUGCACCUGUGUGUGUGUAUGUGUGUAUGUAUGUGUGUUUGUUUGGAAACACACCCAAAAAGUGGUGUGUCCGUGUGCUCUCUUCUCAAUGGCAGCAUGUUUUCUUCUUUAUCUCACUCCUACACUCUUACGAGGGUAGUGGAAGGCCUGCUGGCUGAGCUGCCAUGGUUACUGAUGUAAGAAAGAUGAACUUUGACCUCGUGUGUCCCAUAUCCUAUCCUGCUGACAGCCAUGUGAUGGCCAGAAGGAUCCGUAAUUCCUCGCAAAUACACACACUCAUCUGAAGAGGAAGGAAAGAAGGAACCCUCUUUUUGCCUCCUUUAAGCCCUUCUUUUUAGGACGAAGGAUGAUCUCUUCUUUUUUUAAUAUUGCAAUUUGGUUGCCAAUAAGAGAUUGCACAGUCUUUUUGACUCUAAAGAGUACAAAAUAGGGAAUCUUAGGAACCAUUUUUGAUUAGUACACGAAUAAGAACAGACAAUACGAGUGUAAGGAGUAACACAAGAAAGCAAAUUAGAAUGGAAAGAUGUUGCAUUGUUUAAAAUACAAUACGAUGAAUCCACGUAGUACUGUAGCUGUCUGACAUGGUGAUACUAUGUGUGUGUCCUGUUUUAGGUUGUGCAUGUCACAGCUUGACCCGGCACUGGACCUGCCGGGGUGUGUGUGUGUGUGUGUGUGUGUGUGUGUGUGUGUGUGUGUGUGUGUGUGUGUGUGUGUGUGUGUGUGUGUGUGUGUGUGUGUGUGUGUGUGUGUGUGUGUGUGUGUAUAUAUGAGUGUGUGUCUGAAACACCGGCAAAUUAUCUCUGUUCACAAACACAUCUUUUUAUAGGCCAAAUCAGGAAGAGUGCAUGUGAGAGAUUGUGUGUGACUGUGUAUAUGUGUGUGUGUGUGUGUGUGUGUGUAUAUGUGUGUGUGUGUGUGUGUGGAGUGCACUUGUUAUUGCCUGCAUGUAAGACAGGGUCGAGGUCAAUUCACUCACAAUCAGACGUAAUGAUGAACUUGUUGACUGAAAACUGGGUUUCAAAUGAACGAACUGCUGCACGCGGACUGAUCUGCCGUGGACGUGAAUUCGCCCCCACCCUGGUGCGAGUAGUCUCCGCUCUCCUCCAGUCUAUCCUGUAUCCAGGGAUGUAAGUCUUUUUGCAUUGAAUUCUACUGUAUACACUACAAAUUCUAAGGCAUAUCACCUCCUCCCUGUCCCACACAAGCCCUCAGUGCCUGUCAGCCCACUGCCUCCCCUUUAUGUGUGUGUGUGUGUGUGUGUGUAUGUGUGUGCAUGGAUGCAUGCACACGCAUGCCUGUCGAUACAUGCGUGUGGACAAGUGUGUGUGUGCGUGAUCGAGGAGUGUUCAGUGUUUCCAAUGAGUGGGGUCAUAUUUCGUAUCUACUUGCACACACUACUAGUGCACAACUGACACCCUUCUUUAAGCUGUUUGAUGCGUUACCAUUACAUUAAUCUUCUCACAAAGUAGUGUAAUACUAUGAUUUACUGUAGCUUGGUUUUAUUGCUAUUUUGCAUUUAUAGUUUGGUUUUUAUUCUGCUUAUUUAUAGGUGCUGUAUUUUUUUUUCAUUUAAUGUCUUAUCAUUUGAGUUGUCUAUUUUUUAAGGGAUUAUACUGUUCCUGAGGGCAAGUAACAUUUUUAUUAGACGUAUAGACUGCCGGCAGUAUUGGUUAAUAUUUACAAAGAUGUACUAGUUCUCAUUUGUUUGUAUAUUCAUGAAUCCUAAAGUUUAGUGUCAUUUCAAUAGCUUUUUAAAAUGUGUUUGCUACAGUUCAUGCUCCCGUAAGCAUAAAGCUCUUACCACAACUGUUUAUGCUCUUAAAAUUGCUAGCUAGAGAAUCAAAGGACAUAUCAAGAUUGGUGAAUAUAUGAUAGCAUAUCUCUUUUCCUGUUUUCUACUCUCCGAUACAACUUUUUUUUUUCUUCUUCUCGUUUUAUUUUUAGGGCAAGCCCUGUACUAACAGGGCAUGCAGCUUUCUUCUGAUAGAGUUCGCCCACUCAUUAAUCACAUCAACUUAAUUAACCGGUCCAAAUUUGUUACGCGUUUUGUCAAAUAGGUCAAAUGAAAUUACCUAAACUUGAGAACACAUGUUAACUUGAAAGAGGUCAUAUCUGCCAAAUUGAGAUUAGAGAAGUGUACCAGCGAGCAGGUGUGCUACGCCAGAUCGAGCAGAAAUAGCCAGCCUAUGAUUAUGCAGAAUUUCUAUUGCAGUUAGUAACAAAGCACUUAUUAGGAUCUUUUUGAGAUGAAAACCUAGGACAGGGUCUGUAAACACUACAACAGAGUACGAUCCCAGGGUCCUGGGAAGUGUUUGCCUUUUUUUUUUUUUUUUUUUUUUUAAGCGGUUGUGAACCAAGCACAGACUCUUAUCCACAUCCUAACACUAAAGGAAAAAAAAAAGAAAAA